CUUCACAUGUGAUGGUUGUCACGUCAAGAGUUGCCGAAUCUUGACGUUCUAUAAACCUCGCCAAGAACUCUCAAGCUACGUAAUUCCCACAACGAGACACAUUAUAAGAAACAGUUCAUAAAAAGCGUUUCCAUAAGGAGCGCAGCGCAUAUAAGAAAAACAAGAUCAUGGGCAUCUCAAGCAACCUCGUCAACCGCACCUCCUUCACCGCAGCCGACAUCGUCAAGGACAUCUGGACCAGCCUCCAUCUCCCCCCUCACGCCCUCUCAUCCCUCACUCUCCCCGGCCAUCAACCCGGACCAGCCACCCCAUCAUCUUUCAAAAUCGGGCAUCUCGCACAAAGUUCAAUUGCUCUAUCCGCACUUACAGCAUCUCUCGUCCACAGCGAACGAUCUUCAUCCUCCUCACCAUCAACAUCUAUACCUCCCAUUCCCCGCGUCAGCGUCCCUCUCGACCACGCCUUGAUAGAAUUCAAAUCCGAACGUCUCUACAGCAUCGACAACCAGCCCCUCGAAUCCGUCUGGGGCACAAUCGGCGGCCUUCACAAAACUGCAGAUGGCUAUGUCCGCAUCCACGACAACUUCCCCAACCACGCCUUGGGGACUCUCCAGCUCCUUGGCCUCCCACCAACAGCUGCCCGCCAAGAUGUCGCCGCAAAGGUAGCUCAAUGGAAGAGCGUCGAUCUCGAAACCGAAGCCACGGAGAAAGGAAAGCUCGCCAUUUACGCUCUGCGAUCAUAUGCUGAAUGGGACGCCCUCCCUCAAGCAUCAGCCAUCGACGACAAUCCCAUUCUCAUCAAACAGCUCGCCCCUGGACCUCCAAAGAAGUUGCCCGAAACUGGUUCCAGCCGUUGUCUCCAGGGCAUCCGCAUCCUCGAACUGAGCCGUGUCAUCGCCGCCCCCGUAGCAGGCAAAACUCUCGCCGCUCACGGCGCCGACGUCUUAUGGGUGACGAGCCCCAACCUGCCGAACCAGCCCGGACUAGACAGAGACCUGAGCCGCGGCAAACGCACCAUCCAACUAGACAUCCACAAGCCCGACGAAAAAGAGCGUCUUCUCGAGCUCCUGCGUUCUUGCGACGUCUUCAUCCAGGGAUACCGCCCAGGCAGCCUCGCCGCAUACGGCCUCUCGCCCGAAGAGCUCCAAAAGGCAAACCCGGACAUCAUCUGCGCGAACCUCUCCGCCUUUGGACCGUCCGGCCCGUGGUCUCAGCGCCGGGGGUACGAUUCCCUCGUGCAGACGUGUACCGGCAUGAACGUCUCCGAGGCAGAGCACUUUGGGGCCGGCGAGCCCGCGCGCGUCAUGCCUUGCCAGGCGCUCGACCACGCUGCUGGUUAUCUUCUCGCCACGGGAAUUACUGCCGCACUUCAUCGAAGGGCUCAAGUUGGGGGAUCGUGGGUUGUGGAUGUUUCGCUGGCGGGAGUGAUGAAGUAUCUGCGUAGCUUGGGGCAGUAUCCUGGUAAGACGGGUUUUGAGAGUCAAGAUGUGCAGGCUCAGGAGGAUGUGCGUGCAGACUAUCUCGAGACGAGGGAUACGGCGUUUGGAAGCAUGAGGGCUGUAAGACAUAGUGCGAUUGUUGAGGGGUGCGAGGUUGGAUGGGAGGAGAUGCCGAAGCCGCUGGGGUCUGAUGAGGCGAGAUGGCUGUAGAUUGAGCUGACGUAAAUUAAAUAGAUAUGUAUUUGUAGUGUAUACCCCAUCCCCCUAUUAUACUGAAUCUUUUACUGGCUAGAUGCUGACGCUGAAAGUACACGACAUUGUGGAAGUAGACAAAAUCUCCUGAACUGAUUUCUAUCCCAACUCAUGUACCCCCCUUGAAUCUACCUCCACCACCGCCGGCUGUCCUUCUACUUCAGCCAGCGGCGUGUACGUCUGCUUCAUCCCCAUUGAUUCCACUGUUCCCGAAUUCACCUCUCGUCCGUCCUUCUCGACCCGUG